AUGGCCUAUCCCGACGCUCUCGUCCACCAGCUCGCCGCCGCCAGCGGCGAGCUCACCACCUUCCGUGUCGUCUUGGGCAUCUUCUUCGCCCUCACCGGCUGGCUCGGCUGGCAGUUGUGGAAUAUCAUCCUCCCCAACUUCGUCAGCAAGCUCAUCGUCCUCCCCGCCAAGCCGGGCAACACCUUGCUCCUCGGCCACAGUGGCGUGAUGAAGGACGGCUCACCGUCGCUCAUAAUCGAGAGGUGGAUGGAGGAGCUCGGGACGCACACCAUUCUGUCGCGCGACUUUCUGAACCUCCCGCGUCUGUGGACGGAGGACCUCCGCGCGAUCAACCAUAUCUUGACACACUCGACUGACUACCAGAAGCCGGAGUUUAUACGUCGCGCUCUUACGAACCUCCUUGGCAGUGGCGUGCUCGUGACUGAGGCUGAGCAACAUAGGCAGCAGAGGCGUGUUAUGAAUCCAGCCUUCGGUCCCGCGCAAAUCGGCGAGCUCACGGGUGUUUUUGUCGACAAGUCGAUCGAACUUCGCGAUGUCUUGGACGCCCAGAUCCCCGGUGAUUCGUCGAUCCGCAUCGACGUCCUCAAGUGGCUCAGUCGCACGACGCUCGACAUCAUCGGCCGCGCUGGGUUCAACUACGAGUUCAACGUGAUCAACCCGAAGGGAGGGCCCAACGAGCUCAGCGAGGCGUUCAGCCAGAUCUUCAACCCGGCCAACAAGCCGAGCGUUAUGACGGGUUUGCGCUUGCUUUUCCCCAUUCUCAGCAAUAUUAUGCUCGAUGCAGAUUCGCGGCGACAGGCCAAGGCUCAAGAUUCGAUGCGUAAGACCGGGAUGCAGCUUAUCCAGGAGAAGAAAGAAGCGAUCGCGGCGGAGGGCAAGAUGGGGGAGGCGAAGCUCGAUGGCUUUGAUGGCCCGGACCUCCGCGGACGCGAUAUCUUGACGCUCCUGCUGAAGGCGAACAUGGCGACUGACAUCCCAGAGAGCCAGCGGCUCUCGGACGAGGACGUUCUCGCUCGUGAGUAUAUCUUCCUUGUCGCCGGCCACGAGUCGACGAGCACCGCGACGACGUGGUGCCUGUGGGCCCUCGCCCAGGAUCUCCGGGUCCAAGACAAGCUUCGCGAUGAGCUGCUCUCCCUCUCCACCGACGUGCCCACAAUGGACGAACUCAACUCGCCGCCGUACCUGGACAUGGUUGUCCGCGAGUCCCUCCGCGUGCACUCGCCCGUGCCCACGUCGAUCCGCAUCGCAACCAAGGACGACGUCCUGCCGUUGUCUGCGCCCGUCGUCGACAAGUACGGCAAUGUGCACGAGGGCCUCCAGAUCACGGAGGGCGACGGCAUCGUCCUUCCGCUCAGCAUCAUUAACCGCUCGGAGACGUUGUGGGGAUCGGACGCGAAGGAGUUCAGACCCGAGAGGUGGGAAGAGCCGCCCGAGGCCGUCUCUGCCGUGCCGGGAGUCUGGGGUCACCUCAUGAGCUUCAUCGGCGGCGCGCGCGCGUGCAUCGGGUUCCGGUUCUCCAUCAUCGAGAUGAAAGCGCUUUUGUACGUGCUCAUCCGCGCGUUCGAGUUCGAGCUCGCCGUCCCCACCGCGGACAUUGAGAAGGAGUGGACGAUCGCGGUCGGGCGCCCGGUCGUGAAGAGCGAGAGGGAGAAGGGCGGGCAGAUGCCGCUGCUUGUGAAGCGGUACCGCGCGUCAUGA